UACAGAAUAAAACAAAAAAAAUUGACAUUUGUCAAUUGUAGAAGAAUUAUCUUAUCUUAAAAAACUAUUAAUUAGCUAAGUAUUUUAUAUUUAUUUUUUAUAUAAAAAUGAAUAAAUUAACACAACAUUGGUCGCCGAUACUCAAGUACUUCAAAAUGAACGAUUUUUUCUUCCUCCUUCUUGAUAUUGACAAAAACAUUGAUGACCCUAUUAUAAUUCCUUCAAAAUAUAACGUUGAAAUGUCAAUAGGUACUGAGGAGAGAUUGGAAAAACUAAAAUCAAUAUCUAGAAAAAUAAAAGUGAGGCCUGAAUCAAGUAUAAAUACUUUAAAAGUGUCUCCCGAUAUAGUUGUCUUUCAAAAAUUUAAGAUCGGAGAUUUUUUAACAAUUCCAGUAACAGUUUUAAACACUUAUGAGGUUUCAAAACCGGUGCGUGUUAUGAUGGAAUCAACAACUACAUUUAGUAUUUCACACAAUUCAGAUGUAGUUUGUUCAAAAAUUGCGCCUGGAAUGUCUUAUCAAUUUAUGGUGAAUUUUAAUGCGCGAGAACUCAAAGAAUAUUGCCAUUCUUUAACAAUCGAAACUGAUUCUGAAAAAAUCGAUGUUUUAAUUGUUUCAAUCCAUCCGCGUCCUCUUCUAGAUAUCCCAGAUACAAUAAUAAUGCCCACAACCCCUGUCAAAACGGUAGCCGAACGAGUACUUUUAAUUAGAAACAUAGGGGAAGUCCCUGCAAUUUUUAAUUUAAUCACAAGCCCCCAAUUUUCUGUUCACCCCGAUCGAGGUAUUUUAGGCCCCGGUAAAAAUAUUCAAUUGUCCUUAACAUUUGUAACUCACACGCUCGGCGAGCACACCGGACGUCUUCAAAUUACAUACGAAACAACCGAAAUCCUAACGGUUAUCUUAAAAGCUAACGCGUGCGAGUCUAAUAUUACAUUGGAACAUACUGAUGUUGAAAUUCCAAAUACUUAUAUGAGUUUAAAGAGGAGAAAGUUUAUUAGAUUAUUCAAUAAUAGUUCACACAUGGUUUAUUUUAAAUGGAAACGAUAUAAAGAUUUUUCAGAAGCAGAACAAGAAUAUAACAUGUAUAAAAAAGCUUUUAAAAAUAUGAAAGAGUUAGAAAGUUCCAAAUGGUACGGAAGAGUUCAUCAGGGAAUCGUCGACAGUCAACAUACUCACGAAAUGAUUUAUGAAAGAAUUUAUGAGGAUGAAAUAAGACAAUAUGAAAUGCAGGAUAAGUUUUUGUAUAACGAUCCUAAUUGGGCGGUUUAUCCUACAACGGGAGAAGUUUGGCCUGAAAGUUCAUCAAUGUUCAUUUUGGAAUUUAAUCCAUCAGAAGCUAAACAUUACGAAAGUACUUUAUAUUUAGAAGUAUCUGGCAAAUCUGAAAGAAUACCUUUAUAUGUUCGUGGUUGCGGUUUGGGGCCAUCUUUAGAAUUGAAUCUAGUCGAAUUGGAAGCAAAUGAUAUUUUCUUGUGUUCUGGACACCAAUAUGAAGUUGCUGUACACAAUAAAGGUCAUAUUCCUGGAAAAAUAACUUACAAACCAACACCAUUAAGUUUCGGAGGAACAGUAAGUUUUAAUCCUGAAUAUCUUGUAAUACAACCAGGUAGUUAUGGUGCUUUUGUAAUGAAAUUUUCAUCAAGAAUCCAAGGAAAAUUUAUUGAAACGAUUGAAUUUUUUAUUCGAGAAUCUGGAGAAAUAUUAAAAUUUACUUUCAAGGGAAAUAUAAUUUGCCCCCUAUUAAAUUUUGAUAUUACAGAGAUUGAUUUUGGCCAUGUAACUUUAGGAUAUCCGACAUCAAAGAGUAUUAAUUUAAUCAAUACAACUCAAGUACCAAUUGAAUAUAAAGUAAGUAUAGUUCAAGACGGUGAAAAUAACGCGAUAACCUGUCAAGAAUACGCAGAAGAAGCAAUAAAACCGUCAGUUUUUAAUCCUAAAGAGUUUACAUUUAAUCCGGUGGAAGAUGUUGUUGCUCCAAAUUCCACAUUAACUGGAGAACUUACUCUUCUUCCCAACAUCGAGGGUGCAUACUCAAAACGUUUAUAUUUAAUAAUGUGGGGUACAAGUAAAUAUUCUUUAUCACUUCCAAUGCGUUAUAAAUGCUUAAUACCGGAAAUUGAGUGUAAAACGAAAGAUAUUUUUAUGAGGGGAUGUUUUAUUAAUUACAUCUAUACAAGAACCAUUACUUUAACAAAUCAAAACGAACAUCCCGGUUAUUAUACGUUUGUCGCACAAGAUGCAGAUGCUAAUGAAUUUAAUAUUACUUAUAACGCUCAAGUUCCAGAAGAUUUUAUUGAUGCUUAUGAAACGAAAGAAGUUCAAUUGGAUAUAUCAACAAAUUUUGUUGGUCAAUCAACAGCUCAAGUUUAUAUCUCAGUUUUUGGUGGCAAAGAAAAUGUAUUUAUGUGUUGUAUAAGAUGUAAUGGCCAAGGACCUGUAAUAACAGUUCCAGAAGUAAUGAAUUUCGAUGAAAUUCGAACGUUACACAACGCAACUCAAAAUUUAGAAGUGAUUAAUGAUUCUCCAGUUCCAGCAACAGUUAACAUAACACAAAAUAAGAAAACAGUUUUUCAGCUAAGCGAGAAUCUUUUGCAAUUAGACCCAAGCGAGAAAAAAAUUAUAGAAGUUAGCGUUUUUUUAACGGAACCAGGAAGAUUUAAAGAUAAUUUACAAUUUUCCGCGAUGAACAGCGAAACUCAAUAUUGCGCCUUAGCUGUUAAAGGAGUCGGUUCAAGUAUAAACAGCGAGCCGGAACUCGAUGGCGAAUUUAAUUUGGGAUUUUUAUUAACGUACAUUCCGUUUAGCCUUCCCGUUAAAUUUACUAAUAUGGGAAAGAAAACUCACAAAAUUAUAUGGUCGCGAUGCAAAAAAUUGAAAUCUUUUAAAGAAGAUCUAGCCAAUUUAAUACCAUCGAUUUUUUCGAUUACCCCGUUUUCUUAUCAGUUGGCACCAGGCCAAAGUAUCGAUUGCGUUUUAGCUGGAUCGACGGAAAUACCCGGAAUGAUUGAAGAAGAUUUUUAUUGUCACGCACAAAUCGAAAAGAAAAAAGACUUUGGGCCCGUAAACUCUUUCAUUCUUUCCGCAAAUUUUGUUGUUCCAGUUUUAAAGUUAUCCAAAGAAGAAAUGAAAUUUAGAAUCGAUGUAACUCCUGAUAGAACAAUCUCCUUUCUUCAUGAUGAAUUAACAGUAACAAAUUUAUCAAAAUUAGAAAUAACUAUCAUUAUUAAUAUUAAUCCACCAUUUUACAUAAUCCAAGACGAAGAACAAUUAAGUAAUGUUCAAAUUACUUUAGCUGACGGCGAAUGUGAAAUGUUUACAGUUGAAUUUACACCGAAUAGUGAAGAGAAAAAAUGUAAUACGUCUAAAGGAAAGAUUGUUUUUACUUAUGUGAAUCAUCCGAAUAAAGAUUGGAUUCCUUUGGUGGGAGAAGAAAACUAUCCAACUCUUCAAUUCGAACCUGCUUCCGUAGACUUUGAUUGCAUCCCAAACUUUUCCAGUACAACCCAAAAAAUGAUCCUAAAAAAUAUUAGUCCACUUCCCGUAUCUUAUCAUUGGGAAUGGAUUAGAAACGAUUUCAAUUUAAACACAUUGGAGUCAAAUCCAAUAAAUAUAGGAAAACCAAUAUAUCAAGAAGACCCGAAAUUAUAUCCAUACUCACUACCAAACAUACCACAAGUAAUCGAUAUUCAACAACAUUCGGCUCUUCAAAUCGAAGAUGAAAAUCGUCUGCACAGAAAAUACGAACUAUAUCUUGGAAAUAUACCGAAACUAACAGCUUUUGAAACGCUACCUCCUCCAAUGAACACCGUUACCAAAACAACAGUUUUAAGAACUGCCGAACAUUUUGAAAAAAUGCAAGUUUAUUUGUACCAAUUGGUACAAUGUUACGACGAUUCAAUACAACAUUUAGAUCCAUUAAAACAGCUUCCUCAAACAAUAGAUGAUCCGGAAUAUGUUCGCGAAGUUUUGGAUUUAAUCCCAAAUUAUGGAUAUUUACGUCCGUAUGAGUCUCAAGUUAUUUCAUUUGAAUUUAAUCCGUGCCCAAAUACAUUAAUCGAUGCCGUUGCUCAUUGCCACAUAAAAGGUGGCGCAACUGAAAUAAUUUCGGUAAAAGGAAAAUCAUCGAAUAUAAGCUUUUCGAUUGAAAGUGAUGUUAUCGAAUUUGGGAGGCGAUUAUUUUGCGAAAUGUGCCAAGAAUCCGUUUUAAUUAAAAACACUGGACAUGCAGAUUUAGUAGUUCAAGCUACCAUGAAAGACGAUAAAGAUUUUAUUGACACAAAUACAGGAAUUACCCAAUAUGAUAUUCAAACUAUUAGUGUUGAUAAUGAUGUUCGAGUUACUGUGAAAUAUUUUCCUGGAAUUGCUAGAGAGUUUUUAAAACCGUUUAUUAUACAAGUCGGUUAUUUAGAACCAUAUACAAUGAAUAUUCACGGUUUUGCAAUGCCCGCACAAGUAUUUUGUUCUUUAUCAAGACCUAUUUUAAACAAUGAAGAGAUUAUUAUUUUAUCUUAUAAAGCCAUAGGAAAGUUUACCAAAGAAAAUUUAAGUGUUGUCAAGUGUUUAACACAAGUUGAUAUGCGUUAUAAAGAAGAUCUACCACUAAAAACAAGAGAUUAUUUAAAUCAGUGUUAUGAAUGGGAAUUAAUUUCGUUUAAUGAUGUUUACCCAACCGAUGUAGACAUUCAAAUGGCAACUGAAAGAGAAGCUGUUGAAGAAUUAUUAAAAGACGACCCAGAACUUUUAAGUAAUCAUAUAGCUGGAAAAUGUGCCAACGCAAUUUCUAAUAUUGCAACGUUUCCCUAUUCAAUUGAUUUUAAAUUUGUUGUAAGAGACACCGUUGUUCAUUAUACAACAACAAUUUUGAAUUACGGCCCGUUAAAGAACGAUAUUAGAUUGGUUUAUUUAAGUAAAAAUCUGUUGAAAUAUGGAUUCAAUGCUUACGUUUCGAAAUCGAAAUUGGAUGUUGGUGAAAGUAGUGAUUUGGUGGUUAUAUUUAAUCCUAGUAGUCAAGCUUUUGCUGUUGUCGAUGUUGAAGUGAAAGAUCAGAUAUAUUUAACGGUUCCGCAUGGUCAAAGAAUUCCAAUUGAAAUUCGCGCUUUCGUAACACUUCCUUAUAUUAGUUGUCAACAAGAUAAUGUUUAUUUUGAUAAUGUUAUUUUAGGAUAUUGUGUGAGACAAUCUAUAAUUAUCGAAAAUAAUGGUUAUGUUCAAUCAAUUUGGUCGGCAAGAAUCGAAUUAGAUCCCAAUAUAAAAAAUAAAAGUCAAAUAUUCUUUAUAAAAACAAAUAGUGGUAUUUUAAAUCCAAACGGAUCCGCACUUUUCGACGUCUAUUUUCAACCAUGUUUCCCAGGAAGAGUAAAAGCAUCAUUGAUUUUUCAAGCUCAAGAAAACGAAGAAGAACUCGUUAUAUUGUUAAAAGGAAUUGGGUGCAAACCUACUUUAAAAGUCGACAAACCUAACCUUGCAUUUAAACCAACUUUACCUUACACUCAAGAGGUCAAUCUUGUGUUUAGUUUAGAAAAUGUUGGAAUGUUUCCAAUUGAGUUUUUCUUUGCUGAUUUUGAUGAGAUAAUCAUAAUAAAUGAAAGAAUAAUAAAUAUGUUAACAGAUUUUUAUAGAACAAACACUUUAUAUCUUCCCGAAAUAAAUCCUGGUGAAACAUACCCUCAAGCGAUUUUCGAUUUUUACAACAAUAUAAUAAAUACGAUUGGACAAAAAUGGUGGGAAGAAGAAAUGGAUAAACUUAAGCAAGAAGAAGAGAGAGAAUUAGCUAUACUAUUAACCGCGGCGAGUCAAAAAAGUGUUGUAAUUAGUACAUCAAAUUUAUCACCUCCAAGGACUAGCAAAAUAGGCAAAAUUGGCAGUAAAGUUGCAAAAGACAAAAGAAGUUUAUCUUCAACUGGUAGCAAAUUAUUAAAAAAACGAAAAGGGAGUGCAUUAUCAGCAUCUGAAGCACAAUUCGGAAGAAAGUCGUUAAGGCGUAUGCCAACUAUGCCAACAAAUUUUUCAUUUGAUGAUCUUGUAAAGCGAAAAACAUCCAAUGAACUUCAACAAUCGAUUAAAGAGGAAUUACAAAAUUGUAAAGACAAACAAGUUUCUUCAGUUAAAUUAUUGUAUUCGGAUCCGAUAAAACAAGCUUUUGAAGAUUUAAUAACCAAUGAUAGUCAAAUUACAGAUGUCGACCCAACAAAAAAUGGAAUUUUGAUUGUUUUUCAUGGAUCCCCAUCAACGAAUUAUUUUCAAGUAGCGCAUAAAGCUGGAUUAACAUUAAAACUUCCAGUAUACACAAUUGAUAUGUUAAUUUUUGACGCAAUUGUUUCAAAAGAAAGCUUGGCUGCUAUAAAAGUGGGCGAAUUAAUUUCAAACGCUUUCAGAGUAAUUGCUUCUGAUACAGAUUUAGUGGAGGAGCCGGGAGCUGAUGAUUACGAUCGCUUACAAAAGAAAAUUGACUUGUUAUUAACUGGUAAAACGAAGAGAACACCAAAACCAAAACCAGAUGACGCGAAAGGUAAAGGAAAAGGAAGUAAAGGUGGUAGUAAAAAAUCAUCUAAGUCGUCUAAAGGAAGCAAAUCAAAAUCAUCAAAAAAAUCUGGAAAAUCAGCAAGUACAAAAGAAGCGAAACCUAAAGUUGAUAAAAGACCAACAUUUAUUGGGUUACCUGAAGAUUUACUCUAUGAAAUAGUUGAAUCAAGAUUAAAUUCAUUAUCAGAAGGAUUAAUAAUUCCUAGUUUAACUAGUUUAUUUAUUAAACAACCUUUGAAAGUUUUAAAUUGUAUCUUGAAAUCUGUGGGUAGCCUUUAUUACAUUCAUUUCAUCAUAUAUUCUUAUACCUUCCAAGAUUACACCGAAAAAACAAAAAAGAUUCAAGAAGAAGGAGCGAAACUAAUUGAUAUAUCAAAAAAGGCUCAAAUUCAAUACUUAUUAGACAUGGAUAACGAAGAAUACGAACAAAUUUCAACCGAAGAAUUUAGUUUAUUUAAAAAAGAAGUUUUAGUACCGAGAAAACAGGAUUUUAUUAAAAAACUAGCAGAUGUACAAGUUCGAAUUGAUAUGAGAGCAAAAGGUAUACCGAUUAAAGGAACAACUAAAGACAAAAAAGAAGACGCAAAAAAGAAACUCGAAAUAAAGGGGUCUGCGAAAGACAAAAAAGGUAGCAAAAAAAGUAAAAGUGAGUCAAAAAAAUCAAAAGGAUCGAAAGCUUCUAAAGGAUCUAAAAAAUCUAAAGGAUCUAAAAAAUCUAAGGGAUCUAAAGGAAAAAAAGCAAAACCUAAUCCUGAAGAAAUUGAACGAAAAAAGGCUAUGGAAGCAUCCGAUGCUUUAAUGGGUGAUAUUUUACACACCCUUCAAUAUUGGGAUAGAGAAACAUGUGUUUUAACUAAAGAUUUAUCAUUAAAAGCAAAAGUGGCUAAAGGUAAAUCAAAAGCUGGAAGUGUUUCAAGUAAAAAAGGUGCAGCGGUCGAUAAACCACCCGAAAUUGUUGAACCAAAAACUGAAUUUACUGAAGAUGAAAUGAAAGAAGCAUUCGCUUUGGGUAUACCAGUUUGGUUUUUAAAUAACGCCGAAUCAGAGAGAAAUCCGGAUUUAGAUACAGCCUUAAUCAACUUUUUAGCUCAUAAUAUAGAUCUCGAAAUGGCCCGAGAGUCACUUGCUGAAUCUAAAAUUAUAAAAUUAAUACCUACAACUGAAACAUUUACGGUUACUCAAAAACCUGGUUUAAAAAAGCGCAAUCCAAAUGUGUCGGAUAUAUUUAAUUUGUUUGAUGUUAUUCCACAACCGGAAGAAUCACAAGAUGUAACUAUAUCAGGAACUGAUAAGGAGAUAUCGCAAUCAUCCGCGUCUAAAUUUAGUUUGAGAAAAAGCACUUCCAACGCAAUUAAAAAGAAAAAAGCCUCACAAUCAGAAUCGUUAUUUAGCACAACAAAAAGUUUGUUGUCGCAAAUAAGUGAAGCGAAUCAACGUGGAGAAGAACCAUUAGUAAUUGGUCCAUUAACAAGGCGACAAGUGAUUAAUCCGGGUGAAAAAUUCCAAUUUUUAGUAAAUUUUGCCCCUGAAGAAUGUGGAAGAUACGAACAUAUUUUUACGAUAGAAUUAGUAUCUUGGCCAACAAAAUAUUUAAUUAAAUGUGUUGGUUAUUGCGAUAUUCCAAAAUUAACCAUUGAUCCAAUUAUUAUGUUUCAAAAUAAUUUCGAAUCAAGAUCAAAAAUGAAAUCUCAAUUCAACUCGUUUCUAUAUGACGAAAAAUUAUUUGAAUUUGGACCGAUUUUGAUAUCAUCCUACGCGAAUAACACAAGAGCUUUAGAACAUUUCACCGAUAUGAUACUCCAAAACGAUUCAUUAUUGCCAUGUAACGUUAAAUUAUUAUUUCUGGAUCCGAUUGCAAACAAUGUUUAUAAAUUAAGCCAAGAUGAACUUUUAAUUAAUAGCAAUCAAUCGGAAGUUGUUACAAUUUCCGCUCAACCAAACAACGUUGGUAAUGUAAUGGGCCAAUUAGCCAUUAUCGUAUCGAAUAAUCCAAAAAUUGAAUUGAUCAAUUUUAAUUGUUUGGGAGUUGAUUUUGAAUUUUACGCGGAACCGGAUUCGAUCGCUUUCGAAAGGACUUUAUUGAAUAAAAUGGUUACGAAAACUAUAACGUUUUAUAACGAAUCUUUAGUUACUAUUAUUUGGAGAAUUUUAGCUGCUGAAGAAGUUUUACAAUUUUUUAAAGUUACACCUUUAAAAGGAAUCAUGACAUCUUGUUCAAGACAAACCAUAACUGUUAGUUUUGUUGCUGAUGUUUUAGAAGAUAUACCUAAUGUUGUUAUGAAUGUGGAGGUUCUUCAUGCAACUAAUAAAUUAACAAUCCCUUUACAAGUAACAAAAAUCGAACUCUCAGCUGAAGUUUUAAAUAUAGAUGUUGACUGUCCAAGAGAAGUCAAUUUUGGGGAAGUAAAAGCUCGAAUGGAACAUUCGAAUGAAAUUGAAAUUUUAAGUAAAAUAAAAUACAAUAUGGAUUUUAUAUUUGCCCCUGUAGAUAAAUACCACGGUAUGAAAGAAGAUGAUAAAUAUAGAUCACUUUUUACGGUAAAACCCGAGCAGUUAACAUUAGUUUGUAAUAAACCGGCAAAAGCUACAAUAACAUUUAAUUCGAACGAAGAUGUUGAAUUUAAAGAUGUUCCCAUUUUUAAAUGUGUCGUUAUAGAUCCACCGUCUCAAAACGCAAUGAUGACUUUCGUAAUAACGGGCUCGGCAAAAACACAACUUUCAAUUUAUCAACUAUGCCCACCAAGCGAAGUUUAUUUCGGACACCAAUUGGUUGGAACUGAACAAAACGCCAUGUUGAAUUUAACAAACAUGGGAAAAUUUCAGUUUGAUUUUAAGAUAAUGUCAUUAAAACAAGUUUUAGCGGAAAAGGCGAAAGGUAAAGGCAAAAAGGCUAAAGGGAAAGGGAAAGGCAAAGGAAAGGGUAAAAAAUCAUCAAAAAAAGAUAAAUCAAGUAAAACGAAAUCCUCAAAAACGAAAAGUAGUAAAGGUAAAAGUUCAAAAAGUAGCAAAGGUUCAAAAGAUAAAGGUGAACCAAAGAGAAAGCUUAAACCGACUAAAUUGGUCGUGGGAUGUUUUACGAUCACAACAACGACUUCUGAUCUUGAACCUCAAGAAUCAACAAUUAUUACUGUUACUGCUAAACCGAAAACGAUCGGUUUAAUUGAAGAGGUCAUCGUUUUCUUUAUAUCAGAAUGUAAAAUUAAGGAUAAAAAAGGAAUUCCGGUUGUUUUAACCGUUAAAGGUGACACACCAAGUGUUGAUUUUACUUAUGUAGAAGAUAUUUUCUGCGAUCAAUAUAUCGUAGAGAGCAACUUUGCCGAUUUUAAUUGUCCAGAACAAGCGGGAAAUCAUUGUUAUUUCGUUAAAAAAGAACAAGCUUUAUAUUUUAGUAAAACGUUUAUAAACAACACAACAAAAACAAGAUUACGAUUUCAAAGCACUUGUGCCGUUAUAACAGACCUUACCGCUGAGAUUCUUAAUAAAACAGCCUUCUCUGUUCAACCAAAUCAACACCAAUUGGAUGCGUUUGAAGAUGUUUUUUUGGAAAUUUCGUUUACACCGGAUUCAUUAACUGAAUAUUCGGAAAUGCUCGAAGUGCGUUAUAACUCACCAAUUGGUGCACCUGCAUGUUUUCAAGUUGAAUUAAAAGGUGAAGGUUAUAUUCCCGAAUUAAAAAUAAUCGAACCGUUAGUGGAUGAAAUAUCAAAUAAUUGUUUGUUAAUUUUUAACCCUGUUUAUGUGGGAAAAACGAGUAUUAAAAGAAUCGUAUUAGAAAACGUUGGAGUCAUCGAUUGCGAAGUUAUGCUGGAUGUGCACGAUGAAAGUGAUAUGUUUUUAUUUAAGGUGGAACAGGAGGAAAAUGCUAAAUGUAUUACAAAACGUUCAGCUGUAUUAACGGUUCAACCUAAUACUAAAUCAAAAUGCGAAUUAGAAUUUGUUCCAACAAAAGAUGUCAAAAUCGAAGCAACAAUACGUGUCUAUGUUAUUAAUAAUCCAUUCGAUUUCUUUUCUAUUCACGUUAUCGCCGAAAGUUUCAUUGAAGACAUAAUUUUAGAAAAUAUUCCAUCUUUAUCUUCUGAAGAAUAUAAAUCAGAUUAUAAAGGUGUCACAUCUUACAACAUAGAUUUCGGUUGCGCACCUUUAAAUGCAUUACAAAAAAAAAUAUUCAAAAUUCGAAAUAAUUCGAUUUUAAAUAUUUAUCGAUUUGAAUUUCCCGCAAUGGAAAACUUUGUGUUUAUACCGAGUGUUGGUCAUUUAAAACCGGGCGCUUCCAAGGAUGUUAUUGUAACGUUUUUAACUCGAGAACCAAUUACCAUCGUAUCAGAAGCUUUGGAAUUAAUCCUCAUUCAAAUUGAAUAUUUAGAACCGGAUAUGGAACCAAUCUCUUGGGAUGAGCGCCAAAAUAUCACAUUAUGGAGCAAUAAUUCCGCAUCAAAUGAUCCAACAAAAAGCUCCGCGAUUUUAUCAAGUUAUUCGCAAGGUGAUGGAAGUAGAAGAUCAUCGCAAGCUAGAAUAAAAUCAGGCAGCUUUAGAGGUAGAAUAGCAUCUUCGAGAGAUAUCUCAUCAGAAUUUGAUGUAUCCAGUUCUUACGUAUUCAGAAGGAAAUCAAUCGGUGAUGUUAGCGAACCUUCCUAUAAUAUUCUUCCUGAAUCAACAAAACUAAUUCUGUUAGUAUUUUCCGUAAACGCUGAUUAUUGUGAUUACGAAGUUGAUGAUGAUAAUAUUGAGAUGGAAGACACCUUAAUGUUUGAGAAACGCUCAAAUAAAUUUGCGAUUAAAAAUACCUCAAUGAUGCCGCUUUCUAUUAAGUGGAAAAUCAGCCUAAAUCCUGAUGAUACAAUCAAAUUAAAAGAUGUAACUUUUGGACUAAAAAGAUCAAUACAAUCGGCUAAAGAUGAAACUAAAAAAUUUUGUACUAAAGCUAAACGUCAUUUAUCAGGUCAUGAAAAUUUUGCUUUCGACGAAAACACCAUUUCUCGUCCAUCAUCCAGUUUGAAUUCAGCUUCAAUAUCAAAAAAAUCAUCAACGUCAAAUAACGUCUUAAUGGAUUUGCCAUUUACAGUCGAACCGGAUAUUUCUGUAAUUUCGCCAAACGAAACAAAGACGUUUAAAGUAAUUUUUAAACCAAUUAUACCUUUUGAUUAUUUGGUUUAUUUAAAAUCUUGCGUGCCAAAUCUUUACCCAAAAUCGAAUAAUUUAAAAAUUACCGUCAAAGCAAAAAGUAUAAUGCCUCUUUAUCAUUUUAAUAUUUCCCCAACGAAUUAUUUAACGAGCGAAAGAUGCGGUAGGAAAAUUUGUAGAGAUACAGUGGAUGAAAACACAAGAAUCGUUGAGAUAGAAGGAAUCGGCUUGGAGUUGAAUCACACCAAAACGUUUCAUAUCAUAAACCCAACAGGUGAAAAUUUCGAUUUUAAAUGGGAAGUUUCCCCGAUUAACUCCAAAGAUAUCACCCUCUUUGAUUGUUUGACACCAAAGGGACACGUUUCUAAGGGAAAAAUGGGAAAAAGCACUUUUAGUUUUCUCCCGCAAAAACUAGGAACGUUCGAAGGAUUAUUUACAUUUAUAAUUGAAAAAUAUAAUUUAAAAACAGAUUUUUUAAUCGUUGGCAAAGCGAAGAAUCCGUGCGUUUAUUUUUCCGCACCACAUUUAAAAUUAAAACCGACUUUACUACGUAUGGUUACAUCCAAUAGUUUGGUGUUAAAAAAUAAUGAAAAUUUGGAAUUGCAUUUUCGCGUUGUUGCUAAAACUUGCUAUAACAAUGUUCGGACUGAUAAAAUUAUUGUUGAACCAAUGGAAGGAAAUAUUGGACCAAAAUCUGAAAUCCCAGUGAAGAUUUGGUGCACACCUGCGAGUUCCGGUGAUAUUCAUUUUAAUCUCAAAUGUGAGGUUGAAAGAAUGAGUAAACCUUUGGUUCUCACAGUAACCACGAGUGCUUAUGCCGUUGGAUCUUUAUUAUAUCUGGUUUUAAAUAAUGUAAAAACUGAGAUAGAUCAUAACAUUGAAAGUACAACUACAUUAACAUCGAUGGUAAUUAAUCAGAAUGAUAUAACAAAGUUUAUAAUAAAAAACGAUGGGAAAAUAGGAUUUUAUUAUAAAUGGGUUAAAAUGGAUAAAAACAUCGAAGAUUAUGUAAAGGUAACGUUUAAAGAGGCGGAGGGAUAUGUUAUUGCUGGGGAAGAACAAAAUGUAACAGUUUAUUUAAAACCAAUUAGACAUGUUAUCGAGAAGAUGGUUAGUCUUAAAUUUAGUGUUUUAUAUGGUCCUGAUUAUAAAAUCAAUUAUAUUUGCACAACAGCAAAAUCACAUUACAAAUUUUCAUUCACCGAAUAUAACUUUGGAUCGUGUUUGGUACAAAAUGAAAAAACCGAUGUUUAUAAUUGUCUUUUACAAUUUUCACAUAACGACAAGAAAUCUUUGUUACUUGAAUACGAAGAUGAACAUCCCAGUCAUUUAACAAUCGAUUUCAAAGCAAAAGAAAUCCUACCAAAUACGGUUCAAACCAUCCCGAUUUAUUUCCACCCGUUAGAACCGGGUAUAUUUACAACUCCUUUGACGUUUUUAGUUAAUAGCAAACCGGAAAUAAUCACGAUUAAAUCAAAAGGAGUUGCGCCGGAGUUAGUGUUGGAAGAACAUGAUGAUCGUUUUGUUAAUUUCGGUGCAGUUCUUGCUGGAAGAACUGUAUCGAAAACUAUAAAACUUAUAAAUCGAACACCGGCAACGGUUGAUGUUUUCUUUAAUUUAUAUGAAUUGUUGCCGUAUUUUACUAAACCAAAGAAAGUUUUGAAACCAGAAUAUGAUAGACCACCUCCUCCUCCCUUACCAAAAGUUGUCAAAGUAAAGGGUAAGAAAGGAAAAAAAGAUAAGAAAGGUAAAAAGGGUUCCAAAGGAAGUAAAAAAAGCUCGAAAUCUUCAAAGAAGAGUGACAAAAGUUCGAAGAAAAGUAAAGGUAGCAAAGGAAGUAAAAAAAGUAAAGGAAGUAAAGGAAGUAAAAAAAACAAAAAAGGAAUUGAAUCUCCCGAAGAACGUAGAGAAAGACUAAUUAAGGAAUCUUUAACAAUAAGUCCAAAACAAAGUCUUAGAUUAACGUCAGGAGCUAAAGGUGGAAUUAUCAUAACUUAUUCUCCAAGAGAACGAUUACAAUCGUUUCAUAAAAAAAUUUAUUAUCAAAUUCAAGACAAAUUUGAGCCGCUUUGUGUUGUUCAAGCUUCGUGUAUUGCAUCCGAAUAUUAUAUUGAUAGAGAUAAAAUAUCAUUCGGUAGUGUGGUUAAAGGUUGUGAAAGUGAAGCAAAAUUUUCGUUGUAUAAUACAGGCGAUAUCGGUGGAAAAUAUAAUUGGACAAUUGAUAGAUCUAGAAUACCAUUUGAUACAAAAGUGAGUAUCACACCGAGUCAAGGUUACAUAUCACCAGAUACAAUCGUAUCAUUUUUGGUAAAAUAUCACCCAUAUUCGGUUCAAUGUUACUUAAGAGCCAAAAUAUCGUGUAAGAUUGAAAAAUAUAAUAAAACUUUGGAUGUAAUAUUAACGGGUUCUUGUACAAAUACACCCCCACCAACAGCAACGAUCGAGUUUUCAUGUCCCGUAAGAUCGGAAGUGAAAAAAAAAAUUACAAUACAAAAUAAAACCACGGUUAAAUGGAAAAUACACCCUCAACUUACAGGAAAUAAUUUUUCAGUCCCCGAUAUAAUGUUUAUCGAACCACACAGUGCAGGUACUUGCGAAAUCACUUAUAGUCCAUUAUUGAUGUUAGGACCAGAUUUAUUCCAUAAGGGGUCCGUAUAUUUUCCCCAACCGGAUGGUUUUUGCACUUUAUAUUGUCUCAAAGGAGAAGUUACCGCUCCGGAACCUUUAGAAUAUUUAUUAUACGAAAUCGAAUUAAACGUUACUCAAGGUGAUCCUCAAGAAGAAAUAAAUUUGAUUGCUUGCGUUCGUCAAAAAGUGACUCGUGAAAUAGCGUUGGAAAAUCCUACAAAAAAUCCUGUUGAUUAUAAAUUAUCAUGCACAACACCGCUUUUGCAAUUUCCACCCACUAUUACGGUGGAGCCUUUAAUCGAAGAAAAAGUUACAUUAAUUUUUUCCCCAUUAUUUAUUGACGAACAAGAAGGUGUUUUAACUGUGGAAUGUCCUGAAUUGGGGAAAUAUUUGUAUAAAAUAGUUUUAUCGGCAAAAGAACCGAUUCCAGAACCUGCCGUUUAUUUACGAAGCUGUCUCGGGCAAAGUUCCACACAAAAAGUACAAAUUCAUAAUUUCACCACGGCGAAGUGCGAAUACAAAUUAAAAGUGGUUGAAGGAGAAGGUUUUAGUGUACGACCUGAAUCUUUAACAAUCGAUCCUGAAGGGAAUGGUUUUUUUGAAAUCACUUUUACACCCAAUAGUUUAGGAAACGUUGAUGGUGUUUUAAAAGCAACUUCUGCAACUGCUGGAGAAUUCACAUAUCCCAUAAGAGGAGUUGGUGAGUUACCUAAACCUCAAGGUCCCAUAAAAAUCUCACCAAUAUAUGGUGCUUUUAUAUUAUUUAAAAAUCCAUUUAAUGACGAAGUUCUUUUCGAUUUUUUGAUUGAAUCUCAAGUGUUUUUCGUACAAAAUAAAAGAGAAAUUAUACAACCCCUAGACACAGCUAGAAUAGACCUUUACAUGACACCUCCUGAAUCUGAAAUUUCAACAACAGAUAAAUAUCCAUAUACAGGAAAAUUAACAGUUGUUUGUUUAGAACCAACUUUGGGUAAUAUUAAGUGGGUUUAUUAUUUACAAUCAGAAUAA